UGCUACGUGUAACAAAUUCCGACAAGAAACAUGCAGUUAAGACCUUGGAAAUUUUUAAACAAUUGAUUUCUCUAGAUUGAUUCCUUUACAUGCUGCUGUUUUCUCGCGUGAGACUAAAUAUUAGUUAUGUAUUGGCAAAAAAGAUUUGUUUGCGUCUACAGAACAAAUUUAUGUCUUUCUCUGGCAGUUUGAGAAGCUACAUUAGCAACGACCAGCAUCUCGGAAAUCUUUCAUCAGCGAUUCCAGCCACAACACCCAGGCAUCAACGCGGAAGACAUGAAGACAAAAACUACCUCGUUCUUUAGUUAGAGAAGGUUUUUACUUGUCUCAUCUUUGUAGGUCUUUCAUCUAGAUGAAAUGAAUUUUUUGCGUAAUCGUAUUGUAGUUUUGGGCCUAGUGUUGUUGGCCACGCUGCUCCUGUACCUGCUGCUGCCAUCCAUUCGCCAGGGUAGCAUGGAACCAUCCAUUAAAGUCCAAAGAAUGGGGCUGUUGGCCACCGCUCCCCCCGGACCCACAGCGAUCAAUGUGUCCAUUCGCACCGGGCAGCUACCUGGGGACCCGCCACUGUUUUUUAGAGAAGCUCUACCAGUGGAUCGAGCUGGACAGCAGAUCUUACCAAGGCUGCAAGUGGUCCUUCUGCACGGCCAAGCCUUCACCUCCAAAACAUGGGAGCAACUGGGAACCAUGGCGCUGCUAGCAACUAAUGGAUACCAGGCCUUAGCAAUGGAUUUACCAGGUUAUGGAAAAUCUCCCGACUCAGAGACUCUGAAGACUGACCAGAGUCGGGUGGACCUCCUUUCAAGGUUCCUUGAGUCUUUGGGGGUCAGAGCAGCUGUUCUUCUGAGUCCCUCGAUGAGUGGCCAUUACUCCAUCCCCUUUCUGAUGCAGAACAGUGCACAGCUUCGUGGCUUCAUUCCCAUAGCACCAGUCGGCACCAGGAGUUACUCUCCUCAGCAGUACAAAAAUAUCCAGACUCCCACUCUGAUUGUGUUUGGAGCUCUGGACACAAAUCUGGGCGCCCAGUCCCACAAGAACCUUAUGCAGCUUCCUAACCAUGAAGUGCUAAAAUUAGAAGGAGCUCGCCACGCCUGCUACAUGGACAAAACUCGUGAAUUUCACCAAGGAUUGAUCCCAUUCCUGAACAAGCUUAAGAAGGAUGUGUAGCGAAGAAAGAGAAGGUGGUAAAGGGGAGAAAAAAAAAACAAAUAUAAAAAAGGGGAGCAUCAAAUAUGGUUUAAUAUUUCAGUGUUAUUGUCAUGUCAUCACUCCCAAAAAAAUCAAAUGAGAUUUAAGGGAUACACGUGAUGGUAUGGUAAUCCAGAUGUUGAUGUUAUGAAUGUUUCGAGUUUAAUGUUUAAGGAUCUCACCUAAAAAUAUGAACUUAGAUCAGCUAAGCUUCUCAGAAGAUAAAAAUAAGCUACAUGUACAGCGAUGAGUUUUGUUUCUGGUGUUUUUUGUCUCUUGUUGUAUUGAAGACAUUGAAUGUAAUUUGUCAUUUCCAUUUUAUAUGAUGGCCUACCUGUAAAUAUGUAUAAAUCUGUUGCUGUUGUUUGUAUUUUCAGUAUUCUGUUGGUUUUACACGAUAACUAACAACUGCUGCUUCCAACUAACAUAUGGCGUGCUGAGGCAAAGCGAGCUUAAAUUAUGCAUAUUACACAAAAAACAUGUUUAAGAAGGGUUGGAACAGGUUAAAAAAAGACAAUAAUUUGUCUCAAUUUUUGUUACAAGAAAAUCUGCAAUAGGUUUGGACAAUCAUGCAAAAAUAUAAAGCUUGAAACUUAUUAAAGUCUAGAAACCUGAGCUAAUGUGUUUGAGAAUUGUGCUGAAUUUAUCAGACAUGUUAACACACUGCAUGUUUUUUAUGUUUGACUUUAACUGGCUGUUCUUAGAACAAAUGCAUUUGAUCUAACUACUGAUGAGUGCAUUAUAGAGAGAGGUGGGUCAGGGAUAAUUAAGUUCUGAAGAACAUUUAAUAUCCAGAAAUAGGUUUUUCUUUGGUUCUGAUGUGACUUGGCACCUUUAUUUUUAGGCAACGUUUUGAAAAUGGAUUUGACAUGAGGUUAAUGAUAAGUGAAAUACUAAACUGGAGCAGGUCCAAUUGAUAUUCACUGUUGUAAAGUUGGAUGAGCUGCAUUUUUGUUUUGUUUUCUUACCAGUUUUUGUGUUUAUUGCAGUGAAUAAGCUGAAAUUGAUGUCAGUACACUAAAGUAGCCAAUAAACUACUGUGAUACUUA